AAAAUUUAUAAAAGUAGCAUAUAAUUUAAGUUUCCUUUUUAAUAAUAAUUGUUUAUUUAAAAUUUGAUUUAUAAUAAUAUUAUAUUACUAUUUACGAAAUUAUUCAAUUUAUUAAUUUAAAAAAAUUAGUAUGAUUUUGUUAGAUUUUUUUCAAAAGAUUUAUAAUUUAAUAAAUUUAUAAUUAUUAAAAUAAUUAGAAAUGUUAGUUAUUCAAUAGAUUAAUGUACAUAAUCAAAUAGAUAUAUUGAAUAAAUUGGACCUAAUAUGACUUUUAAUGGUAGAUAAAAGUUGUACUUCUCUUUUAAUAGAGAAGACUAGAUUUUGAUCCGCGCUUUCAAAUGGCGGAAUUAUUUUCUAAACAUUCCAAAUUUAUUUGAUAUAAAUUUGUAUUUUAAUUGUAUCUACACUUAGAUAUUACAAAUGAAACAUUAUAUUCAAUGUUUUGAAAUCCGACCCGACCCGCAGUUAAAUUGCCAAAUUCGGUGGUUCAUAUCUAAUCCAUUUUAGUUUUUUUUUUAAACUGUUAAUUAAAAAUUCUAUAGAAUCCGUAACAACCGCUAAAACCCGAGAUCUGGUUAUCGAUUGAACUGAUAGAUGACCCAAUAUGUAAUUUGGUUUGAUUUAUUAUUAUAUUUUUAUUGUAAUAUAUAUUCAUGAACGUUCAGAUGAAAUAGUGAAUAUAUUAUGAAAUUGAUAUUUCAAUUUUAAUAUAAUUUUAGUCCAACUAAAAUUCCAUCUUGUUAAUGGAUUAAUAUUUGAGUGGAUGCAUACUAAAAAUAAAAUAGAUUUGAGCAUCAAUAAUGUGUAUACGUCUAUUACAAAUUAAUGAUUUACGUUUGCAAAAAAAAUAUAAUUGUUUAUUUAGUUAGUUUACUUUUGUUAUUCACAUAUUAUUAGAUACUUUUUGAUGUUUUGUCUAUGGCUUAUUUUAAAUUUACAAUUUAAUUUCAUUCUUCGCAUUAGAAAUGUAACUAUUUGUUAUUUUAAUUUUGAUAUAUAUUUUUAAUAUAUUUAGUUCUUAAUUUUUAUAAUUUAUAUAUAUAAUUUUAUAUUUAAACAAUUAAAAUAUUGACUCUUACUCUCUGGCUUCGAUUUAUGUUAAUGUAAUGUUUUAUGAUAUAUUUGUGUUAAUAUAUUUGUUCAAUUGGUUUAUAUUUGAUAUAUAUAUUACAUGUCUGUUUGAGUAACCCAUAAAAAAUGUAUUCAUUAAACUAUCAAUAGUAACAUGUUUCAUCAUAUAAUUACUGUUAAUAUUUAUUUUAUAAUAUAUAUUUAUAUAUAUUUUAAUACUCUAACUAUAAGAAUUAUAUUUUUAUGUAUUUGGUGAGGGUUUUGAACAAUUUGUUUUUUUUUUUGCAUUUGGAUUAAUAUAUAGUUGUAUAUAUACGAAUGAAUAGAUAUAUAUAUAUAUAUAUAUAUAUAUAUAAUUAUUUAUUACAUUAAUAACUAAAACAUAAUUGAUUAGUUAUUUGAAUUUCUAAUUAAUAUAAAUUAAAUUUAUUAGUUUAAAAAAUAAUAGAUUAGUUAGUUAGUUCCUUAAUUUUAGGUAUGAUGUAUAUUUAACAAUUAAAUUAGAUUUGAGUAGAAAUAAUAAGAAAUAUAAUUAAAUAUAAUGGUCCAACCUAGACUAUUUAUAAGUAGAUAAAAAUUGCUUCUGUUUUAAUAGUAUUGAUAGUUUAGACUUUGACCCGCACAUCCGUAUGGGUAAUUUUUCAUUUAUAACUUUUGAUCUUGAAAAAUUAUAUGAUUUUUUGACUUUUUCUAACUAAACUAAUGCAUUAUUUAAAAAAAAAAGCUGAAAUUUUGAUGAGAUUCUUUAUAAAUUUUCAACAAUGUCCCUUUUGAUAAUUUUGAUUGGAUUUCGGGAUUUGGGGUUUCUAUGUGAUGAUUUAAAGUCUUGGUUUCUUAUGGUAGCAGCUAUAGAUUGAUAGGGUUUCAGUGAAUGUACUUAUAUUUAGUGUUCUUGGGUGGAUUUAGGUUCAGAGUAGGUAUGAAUCUUGUGGUUUAAGAUUUGCUAAGUAAUCUGUCUUCAGCAAAAUAGUGUUGAUUUGAAUUCUCAAACUUGUCUUAGCGAAGUACGCUGUCAUGUUCCAACGAUUCUUACUCAUGUGCCCUUGAUCUGACUACUAUACAUGGAUUUUAAUUCUCAGACUUGUCUCGCAUUACAGAGGUAAUCCGUUCGCAGAUCCAAAUAGACAAAACAUAAUACUCAAAAGGUAGUCCGUUGUGUAUGAUAAAAGUUAUAGCUCAAAGCAUAAUCUUCACUAUUUUUUCUUAAAGAGACUGGAACUAAAUGUUCAUGCGUACACUGCUUGCAUUUCUACAUCCAGAUUCAGGAAAGUUCAAGUCCUACACAAACCAGGGAAGGUUCACUUACGAGUUUGAAUCAGCUGCAGAGUUCGCUGGGGAAACUUUUUCAAUGGAAUGAUGAACUCAUCAAUUCUUCGUCGUCCUGGCUGAUGGAGUAGUUACACGAGAUGUUACAACUGUUUACCUUACAGAGAGAAAUUGGAAUGUAGAGAAAGCCUUCUCAAGUCUAUUGGAAGAAUCAUCGCAGUUUCAGGCUUCACAAGAAGGUGAAACCGGGAGCUCUUAUAGGUAAACCAGUAAAUGAUGGUUUCUAGAGUAUGCUUAGUAUGAAUCGGUUAUGAUUCAACACUUUGAGCCUCAUGUAAUAUUGUAUUAUAGUUUAAAUCUAAAUUAUUUAUUGUCGAGUAUAAAAUUUAACCAAAUUCUUAAUUUCUGCAAGAACCUGUUGUAAUUUUUAAUGGUUAUGAGGCAAAUUGAGUUCUGAGUAUUUAAGCGUCUAUGCUAAUCCAAAAGAAAGGGAGAAAGUUGAAGUCCAUUGUGCACAUGAAAGUGGAAGAGUUUAAGAACAACAUGGCUACUGCACUUAUAUUUCAAUCUAUACCGAAAACUCUAAUUCUCCAAGUCGGUGGGUUAGAUACCACAAAGAAGGUAUGGGAUGCGAUCAAGGCACGCCACGUAGGAGCGGACAGAGUUUGAGAAGCACGGUUGCAAACCCUCAUGACCGAGAUUGAUCGCUUAAAGAUGAAGGAAACCGACAAAAUCGAUGACUUCGUAGGCAAGCUAUCUGAGAUCUCUUCCAAAUCAGCUGCGUUAGGGGAAGCUAUGGAUGAAACAAAACUUUUCAAAAAGUUUCUUCAAAGCUUACCACGAAAGAAGUACAUCCACAUCGUUGCUUCUCUUGAACAAAUCCUAGACUCCAAAACCACCAGGUUCGAAGAUAUCAUAGGUCGGCUAAAGACAUAUGGAGAACGUAUUUGUGACGAUGAGAAAGAAGCACAAGAGAAUCAAAGUAAGCUUAUGUACACCAAUAUGGAGAGCCAAUCAAACCGAGAUUAUCAUGGAGAAUAUAGAGAACGAGGUGGCGGAGGUAGAUAUUACGGCAGAGGCAGAGGACGAGGAAGAUUGUAUUGGGACAAUAGGGACAUGUCCAAAGUCAUGUGUUACAGAUGCGAUAAACUCGACCACUUUUCCUCUACGUGCCCGGAUAUAUUGUUGAAACUGCAAGAAGCAACAGAGACUAAAGAAUAUGAAACACGGGAGGCUGAUGGGUUAUUGAUGCUUGAGAUUUUUUAACUAAACCAAAAGAAAGUCAAGCCAAAGGAGUUUGAAUCUACAAAGGAUGGAGAUCGAGUUUGCUAUCUAGACAACGGAGCAAGCAAUCACAUGACUGGCAACCGUCAGUAUUUCAACAAGAUUGAUGAAACAAUUUCAGGGAAAGUACGAUUCGAAGAUGACUCAAGAAUCGAUAUCAAAGGCAAAGGAUCUAUACUCUUUCUCACUCAAAACGGAGAAAGGAAAAUCCUAGCCAAUGUAUACUUUAUACCGGAUCUAAGGAGUAUCAUCAUCAGUCUUCGGCAGGCUACUGAAUCAGGAUGCGAUGUAAGGAUGAGAUCAGACGUUCUUACACUUCAUGACAAGGAUGGAAAUCUGAUCAUAAGAGCAAUGAGAUCGAAGAAUCGCCUCUACAAAGUACUAAUGGAGAUAGAUGAAGCAUGUUGUCUGAAACUUAGAGGACAAGAUGAUUCCACAAGAUGGCAUGCAACGCUAGGUCACAUUGGAGUGGAUACGAUGAAAGCAAUGAUAGGGAAAGAACUUGUGACCGGCAUACCAAAGUUGAAAGUCGAAGAGAAACUUGUGAAUCAUGUUUGCUUGGUAAGCAAUCAAGGAGACCGUUUCCACAAUCAACAUCUUAUCGGGCAAAAAAGGUAUUUGAACUUGUUCAUGGCGACUUAUGCGGACCUAUUACACCACCCACAGCUGGAAGAAAUUGGUAUAUCUUCGUGCUCAUAGAUGAUCACUCCCGUUAUAUGUGUUCCAUCCUCAUGAAAAACAAAAGAAGUGUUUGAUAGAUUCAAACGAUUCAAAGCAAUCGUUGAGCAUGAAACCAAAUCAUCAAUCAAGACGUUCAGAACGGACAUAGGUGGCAAGUUUACGAGCAGAGAGUUCAAUCAAUUCUGCAAAUCAUCAGGAAUAAAAAGACACUUAACUGCUCCCUAUAAUCCACAGCAAAACGGAGUUGUAGAAAAAAAGGAAUCGAACGUUGUUAGAGAUGAUAGAAGCAUCUUGAAGCAUAUGGAAGUACCAAAUUAUCUUUGGGGAGAGGCUGUGAGACAUUCUACAUAUCUGAUCAUUCGUGUUGGGACGAAGACGUUGGCGAGUCAAACACCAUAUGAAGCAUACAAGGGAAGAAAGCUAAGCUUAGAGCACUUGAGAAUUUUCGGUUCUAUCGGAUAUACGAAAACAGAGGCGCCAAACUUGAAGAAAUUGGAUGAUAGAUCGCGAUCUCUUGUGCCUCUAGGAACAUAACCCGGUUCAAAAGCAUACAGAAUGUAUGAUCCAAUAAGCAAGAUAAUCGUUGUGAGUAGAGACGUUGUGUUUAACAAAGAUAAAACAUGGAAGUGGAACAAAUCUGAACAUGAUACUAUCGAGAAACCAGGAAUACUGCGAGUGACUAUUGGAGAAUAUGGAAAUCAAGGAAUAGAAGAUAUCAACAAUGAAGGAGAGACUAAAACGAAUGUUGAGAAUGAUGAAACCGAGGGUACAAACGAGAAUGAGCACGAUCACCAAGCAUCAUCUGAUCAAGAAACUAACGAUGAUCAAAAAGAAGAAGUACAAUUACGAAGAUCAACAAGGAUCUCAAAGAAGCCAAGUUACCUCGAGGAUUACAUAUAUAUAGCAGAAGAGGAAGGUGAGGGUCUUCUACUUCUGUUAAAUGAGGAACCGUGGGACUUCAAGGAGGCAAUUGAAGAGAAAGUUUGGCGUGAUGCUUGUGAAGAUGAAAUCAACUCGAUCAUCAAGAACAAGACGUGGAGCGUAGUCGACCUACCCAAAGGAGAAAAAACAAUCAGAGUGAAGUGGAUUUUCAAGAUUAGACGUAACGCUGACGGAAGCAUAAACAAAUACUAGUCGAGAUUAGUUGCUAAAGGUUACAUACAUCAACAUGGUGUUGAUUUCGAAGAAGUGUUUUCUCCUGUUGCAAGAAUUAAAACCGUGAGAUUCAUCAUUGCUCUAGCCGGAUCAAAAAUGUGGGAGAUUCAUCACCUAGACGUAAAAACAGCUUUCCUUCAUGGUGACCUAAAAUAAGACGUCUACAUUAGUCAACCAGAAGGUUUCGAGAUCAAAGGAUGCGAGGAUAAGGUAUACAAGCUAAGUAAAGCUUUAUAUGGAUUGAGACAAGCUCCGAGAGCUUGGAACGAGAAGAUGAAUCAUGUGCUUGAAUAAUUGAAGUUUGUUAAGUGUUCAAAGGAGCCCUCAUUGUAUCGGAAGAGAGUAAAGGAACAAAUACUUAUGGUAGCAGUAUACGUUGAUGACUUACUAGUUACAUGUUCACACCUGAACUUUAUUCGCGAGUUUAAAGAAGAGAUGUCAGCGGUUUUUGAGAUGAGCGAUCUCGGUCUGAUAACAUACUAUUUAGGUAUUGAUGUGAUCCAGGGAAAUGAAGGAAUAAUAUUGAAACAAGCGCGAUAUGCGAGAAAGAUCCUGAGUGAAACCGGAAUGGGAGAGUGCAAUGAUGUGCAUACUCCAAUGGAGUUUUGUCUCAAACUUUCAAGAGCAGAGGAAGAGCAGAGCAUAGAUGUGAAGCAAUAUAGGAAGAGCAUUGGAUGCUUGCGUUAUUUACUUCACACGAGACCGGAUCUUGCGUUUAAUGUUGGCUUGUUAAGUAGAUACAUGCAUGAUCCAAAGCAAGUUCUCAGAUAUUUGAAAGGAUCAGUUUCCCUUGGAAUUGUGUUUCGUAGAGAAGACAAAACAAAGUUGAGUGGGUUCAGUGAUUCGAGUCAUAACAUAGAUGAAGAUGACUGGAGAUCAACUACAUGUCAUGUUUUCUAUUUGAAUGAGUGUCCAAUCUCUUGGUGCUCACAAAAAUAGGAAACAGUGGCUCUAUCUUCAUGUGAAGCAGAAUUCAUGGCUGCUACCGAGGCUGCUAAACAAGCAAUAUGGUUACAAGAACUACUCGAAGAAGUCAGCAAACAAUCGUGCAAGAAAGGAGUAAUCCGGCUGGAUAAUAAAUCUGCAAUAGCUCUUACAAAAAAUCUGGUGUUUCAUGGACGUAGCAAACAUAUACACAAGCGCUAUCACUUCAUCAGGGAAUGUGUUGAAAAUGAUCAAGUGGACGUCCAACACGUUCCAGGAAUCGAACAACGAGCUGAUAUUUUGACUAAGGUACUAGGAAGGAUCAAGUUCAAGGAGAUAAGAGAGUUUGUAGGAGUUCAAGAUGUGAAUGAAGUUAACUUCAAGUUUAAAGGGGAGAAUGUUAGAGAUAAACAUGAAGCUAACUUGGGAUCCAAGUUAAACCAAUCCUAGUUGAGAAAAGAUUAGGAAAGAUUAAAAUAUGUUAAACCUAAUGAGUUUAGGAAAUUUAGAGUUAUAUAAAAGGAGAUGCAAGGAUGCUGCAUAACUUGUGAGCUUUAGAGAUUGUGAGUUUGUGAGUGCUUGAGUUUUGAGUUAUUUUCUCAAGUUAAUAAAUACACUACAAGAAAACACAACUAUAGCGACAAAAUUUAACGAGGAAAAUUAAUCUUCUUAAAUUUACGUCGACUUUACGAGAAUCUUACAAGGAAAUUUAAAAGCAACGUAAUUCGUCGUAAAAUAACAAGGAAACGAUUUUGUCGUAAAAACGACGUAACAUAACGUUGUUUUUACGAGGAAAUAUGGUUUCCUCGUAAGUUCAACGUAAAAUUAGUGACUACUUUACGAGGAAAUAUUUUAUGUUUACUUAAUGAGAAAAUUGCGAGUCCACCAACUUUGUAGUUGUAACACGUUUUUUGUUUCGGCUACCUAACUAAAUUUCGUCGUAAAUUCGUAGUAAAUUUUCAACAUUCGAAAAUUUCCUAUAAAUAUGGACGUUUGAAGAUCACUUUAAACACACCAACAAGAAAACAAAUAUAAACGUGAAAGAAAAAAAAUGUCCGGCUACGGGAAUAUUUUCGAGUUGCGAGAUGGAUGUAUAUGCACAGAGAUGCUAACGGGAGAGUAACGAAAGAAUACAUCGAAGGACUGGAGACAUUUAUGCUUCAAGCAGAUUCCACACCGCUCGCCCAAGAAAGCGGUAAGAUUAUAUGUCCUUGUCGGAAGUGCAACAAUUCAAAAAUGGCAAAUCGUGAAAAUGUUUGGAAGCAUUUUAAUAAAUAGAGGUUUCACGCCAAAUUACUAUAUAUGGUUUCAACAUGGAAAAAGUUAUAAUUAUGAGAAUGAAGCUAGUAGUAGUAAUAGCAAUUUUCAGGAAGAACUCGUUGAUCAUUAUUUCCAUAAUGAACAUAGUUACCAUCUGCAGGAGGAGCAAACGGUAGAUUAUGAUAGGAUUCAUGAUAUGGUAGAUGAUGCAUUCGUAGUUCAUGAUGAAGAUGAAGAACCUAACACAGAUGAAAAAACGUUUUAUGAAAUGUUAGAUGCUGCGAAUCAGCCACUUUACAGUGGUUGUAGAGAAGAUCUCUCUAAAUUGUCGUUGGCUGCUAGAAUGAUGAAUAUUAAAACUGAUCACAAUCUACCUGAAAGUUGCAUGAAUGAAUGGGCAGACUUGUUUAAAGAGUAUUUGCCGGAAGACAAUGUGUCUGCUGAUUCUUAUUAUGAGAUUCAAAAACAGGUUUACAGUCUUGGGUUGCCUUCAGAGAUGAUAGACGUUUGCACCGACAAUUGCAUGAUCUACUGGGGAGAUGAUGAGAAGUUAGAAGAAUGUCGAUUCUACAAGAAGCCACAAUUCAAGCCGCAAGGACGAGGACGUAAUAGGGUACCGUACAAAAGGAUGUGGUGCCUACCAAUUACAGACAGAAUGAAAAGACUGUAUCAAUCUGAGCAGACAGCCGGAGGGAUGAGAUGGCAUGCCAGGCAUACUCAGACGGAUGGUGAGAUGACUCAUCCAUCAGAUGCAAGAGCCUGGAAACAUUUUAACAAAGUAUAUCCGGAAUUCGCUAGCAUUAGCCGGAAUGUGUAUCUUGGAUUACGCACAGAUGGAUUUAGUCCAUUCGGAAUGUCAGGGAGACAAUAUUCAUUGUGGCCAGUCUUUCUUACGCCAUACACCUGGCCACCGGAGAUGUGCAUGCAACGAGGAACUUACGACGAUUUAAAAAAAAAAGAACGCAGGACUCGUUAAUUCCACGUAAGCCGUAUUCGUCGUAAAAAACUCGUAAUAAGAAAACGCGGGCCUCGCUCAUUCCUUGUAAAUAAAAAGGGGGCCUCUCUAUUUCCUCUCUAAUUUGAUUAGUUUAGGAUAGAUUAGGUGGUUAGUGUAGGGAAUUUAGAUACUUGAAUCUAUUUUCUCUCUUAACGACCAAUUAGGGACUACCGUUGUAAUAUUUUUUAAAAAAAGAGAAGAAAGAUACUCGAAUCACAUGUGGGAAGAAACAAGGCGAGACCUACAUAAGUCUAGCCUUGUCUCCGCCCACAUGUGUUCCAGUAUCUUUCUUCUCCUUCUUUUUUUUUCAAAUCUUUUUAAUUUGAGAAGCAAACUCGUGAGUAAUUAUCUCUGAUUUGAGAAGCAAAUUGGUGAGUUUAUCUUUAAUUUGAGAAGCAAACGGGUGAGUAUUUAUAAAAAAUUUUGAAAGGUUUUACAACCAAUUAGCUUCGUCUCAUUCCUCGUAAAUAAAAAAGCGGGCCUCGCUAAUUCCUCGUAAAUAAACUAGGACGUUACAAGAAAACCAAACGCGGGCCUUUCUAGUUCCUCGUAAAUAAAAAUGUGGGCCUCGCUAAUUCCUCGUAAAUAAAAACCCGGGCCUCGCGAGUUUCUUGUAACUUUAUGAGGAAUUUACGACGAUUCCUAAUUUCCUAUAUAUACACGCGAGUUCUCACUUCCCCUUUCGUCUCAACUUCCUCUUUCAUUCGUAGCUAUGGUACGCUCUCUCUAUUUCCUCUCUAAUUUGAUUAGUUUUAGGGUAGAUUAGGUGAUUAGUGUAGGGAAUUUAGAUAGGUUUACAGAUUUUAUGUUAGUUAGAGUUGAUUAGGUGGUUAAUUAUAGAAUUUGUUAAAUUACUGUUGAUGUUAAUUUUAAAAUUAUUUUUUUUUCCAGACGGUUCGAAAGAACAGCCUUACUCCCCAUUACACAGAGAUGUUCGGUGAGCCUGGUAGUCGUUUAGACCGGUCUUCUUCAGCUCCCGGUUCUUCUUCAGCUCCCUUCGGGUCCGGAGACUGUCCCCGAGACUCAGUCUACUCAUAGAGUCUCUAGGUCCCCUCCUUCUAGUGCAUCAUCGGUUCCUCAAUUCGUUGCACCGCCGGCUCCUCAGUCCUCAUGAUCAUGUCCCAGAGGUGCCUCCUCCUGUGCCUCCUUUGAUGGCUCAUCCGAUGUCGGCCGGGAUUCAUCCCGAUUUGAUGGUGCCGCCGAGUGCUCCUUACUCGUAAUACACUGUUGAAGAUCUUCUCGCUCAGCCAGGCUGAGAAGGUUUACCAGUCUUAGACCCCGACCGACCGGACGAAACUUUGUGGUACGUAACAUUUUUUUAAAAAAUCCUUUUAUAACAAUAAUAAAUAACUUAUACUUUAAAUUUGUUUUUUCAGGUUUGGGAUUGACACUUCUGUUGCUCGGAACGUAACCGAGUCGAUCAAAGGUUACGUCUCCGAGCCACAUACUGGAGAAAGACGCCGAUCUACGUGAGAAAGACAUGGUUCAAAAUUUUCACUGUAAGUUACUAUUAAUUAAUUAUAUAUACUUUAAUUUUUUAUCCUAUAGAAUUUUAAUUUUUUUAAAACUAAUUCUUAAUUUAAUUUUUUUUUCUAUUACAGCAAAAAUACCAUUGGUCCCUGGGGGUCAAUGAGAGGGUGAAAAAAGCGUUUAACGCGAAGGCGCAAGCUCGCUUGUUGGACACAGUCUCCAACUAGAAGGGUGACUGGAUCGUGAAGGGGUAUGAGCGUGGCAAACCCACUGAGCUCACCACGAACGUGUGGGAUGGCCUCAUCCGUUAUUGGUGGGAUCCUGACUCCAUUAGAGUCGCCAAAUCUUGCCCUGCCUCCCGUCAGACGGUAGAUGAGCACGGCCACGGGCCGAUGCUUCACUCUACGGGUCAAAAACCCCACGCCGGUGUCCGUCUUGAGAUGGUAAUUAAAUAUUUAAUUUUAUAUAUAUAUAUAUAUAUAUAUAUAUAUUCUAACUUUCUUAAAUGUUUUUUAGGCCAAAGAGAUGGGAGUUAUCUCGUCUCUCUUGCAACUUCACGAGUAAGAAGAAGGCGAGCCAAUUUCUAGAUGCUAGGUCCGAGCAGAUCUUCAACGACUUGGUUGGUCACGUUGAAGACCGCCAGACCCAGCUGACCCAGCAGUCCACCGACGGAUUACACGUCACCUUAUCCACACUUGAAGUGGAUAAGAUUUACGAGGAGGUAAAUUUUUUGAAAUUUUAAUUUUUUUUGUUAUUCAUUUAAUUUAACUUUUUACUAACAAUAUUUAUUUUUUGUUUUUAAGGUUGUCCCUAAGAAAAAAGGACGUACAUUGGGAAUUGGUUCCCUCAACGAUGUUCCAAGAGCGACAUCGUCUUAUGGUCAGAGACGGAAAGAUGAAGUCACUCAGCUGCGUAACGAGUUGGACUCGACGCGAUCUGCGUUCACAACUCGUAUGGAUGGAGUUGAGGGCUCCUUGGACGUUAUAGCGGCCACAAAUCCGGAAUGGGACUUUUUGUUGAGGAACAUGCGACCCCAAAAUCCCAUUCCAGGCGAGUCAUCAUCCGACACACAUGCCGACCCGGAUGUAGAGAGGAGGAGUGAGGAAUUCUACCGGGCGAUGAACGACUCUUAGUUCUUUUUUUUCGUUGAAUGUAUUAUAUUCAAAACUUAUUUAU